UCGUGCGUAUGCCUUCUAUGCCGUCCUCGCUUUCCGGCUGCUGUUUCUGUACGGCUCUCCCCUGACCGCCCCCUCCCUUCUCUCCCUGGCGGCGUACUUUGCGGCAGCGCCAAGAGCCCCACCCCCUUUCUCUGCGGAAUCACCAUGGCGGCUGGGACCCUGUACACAUACCCUGAAAACUGGAGGGCCUUUAAGGCUCUCAUUGCCGCCCAGUACAGCGGGGCUCAGGUCCGCGUGCUCUCCGCACCACCCCAUUUCCAUUUUGGCCAAACCAAUCGCACCCCUGAAUUUCUUCGUAAAUUUCCAGCCGGCAAGGUUCCAGCAUUUGAGGGUGAUGAUGGAUUCUGUGUGUUCGAGAGCAAUGCCAUUGCUUACUAUGUGAGCAAUGAGGAGCUGCGGGGAAGUACUCCAGAGGCAGCUGCACAGGUGGUACAGUGGGUGAGCUUUGCUGAUAGCGACAUCGUGCCCCCAGCCAGUACCUGGGUCUUCCCUACCUUGGGCAUCAUGCACCACAACAAGCAGGCCACAGAGAAUGCAAAGGAGGAGGUGAGGCGAAUCCUGGGGUUGCUGGACGCUCACUUGAAGACAAGGACUUUUUUGGUGGGCGAACGAGUGACACUGGCUGACAUCACAGUUGUCUGCACCCUGUUGUGGCUCUAUAAACAGGUCCUGGAGCCUUCUUUCCGCCAGGCCUUCCCCAAUACCAAUCGCUGGUUCCUUACCUGCAUUAACCAGCCCCAAUUCCGGGCUGUGUUGGGGGAGGUGAAGCUUUGUGAGAAGAUGGCCCAGUUUGAUGCUAAAAAGUUCGCAGAGAGCCAGCCUAAAAAGGACACCCCACGUAAGGAGAAGGGUUCUCGGGAGGAAAAGCAGAAGCCCCAGGCUGAGCGGAAAGAGGAAAAGAAGGCAGCUGCCCCGGCUCCUGAGGACGAGAUGGACGAAUGUGAGCAGGCGCUGGCUGCCGAGCCCAAGGCCAAGGACCCCUUUGCCCACCUGCCCAAGAGCACCUUUGUGUUGGAUGAGUUCAAACGCAAGUACUCCAACGAGAACACACUCUCAGUGGCGCUGCCCUACUUCUGGGAGCACCUUGAUAAGGAUGGCUGGUCCCUGUGGUACUCUGAAUACCGCUUCCCCGAGGAGCUCACCCAGACCUUCAUGAGUUGCAACCUCAUCACUGGAAUGUUCCAGCGAUUGGACAAGCUGAGGAAGAAUGCCUUUGCCAGUGUCAUUCUGUUUGGAACCAACAACAGCAGCUCCAUCUCUGGAGUCUGGGUCUUCCGAGGCCAAGAGCUUGCCUUUCGGCUGAGCCCAGACUGGCAGGUGGACUACGAGUCAUACACAUGGCGGAAACUGGAUCCCAGCAGCGAGGAGACCCAGACGCUGGUUCGAGAGUACUUUUCCUGGGAGGGGGCCUUCCAGCAUGUGGGCAAAGCCUUCAAUCAGGGCAAGAUCUUCAAGUGAACACCUUGUCGUGGCCUAGCUGCCUGCACCUGCCUUUCAGGGAGAAUGGGGGUCAUUAAAGGAAACUGAACAUUGA